AUGUUCUCCGACCUCUCUGCUGCCACCCUGCGAACACGAAAGACAUUCCAGCAGGUGAUAGAGACCCUCCGCGCCAACCAUGUCCUGUACCGCUGGGGCUUCCCUAUCCACCUCAUUGCCUCUAGAAACGGGAUUACCACGGUCCUCCACACAGCAGAAGAGGGCCUGAACCUGUUACACCAAUGGAACAUGCCCAUGGUGGGGGACUCUCAAACUCCCAAACCACCGCGACGAGUGGAAAAAGAUAUUCAUACUUCUAACUGA